AUGUUUUACUUGAAUUACAUCAUCGCUAUUUUAUUGGUGAAUGCAUCAGUUGCUCAAUGGACAAUUACUCAUUAUGAAGGCUAUGACAAAUCUUUUACCCAAAAUACGUUGGAUAAUUACAUACAAUUAAAUUGUCAAGCAUACAAUCUGCCAAUCAUAGCUUAAUAAGGAAGUCUACAAAAGGUCAUUUCACUUAAAGACUUGUCACCUUUUGCAAAGACCAAAAUUUUAGUAGAAUUUAUAGUUCCUCUGGAUUCAUUAUAUUCAAUAUAAAUUUAAAAUAAAACAAUCGAUAGCUAGCAAACAUGGUAAUUGGGAUAUGGAUUUUCAAUGAUUAAUGAAUGUUUCAAUACCUCAGAUUAUAAAAUGUUAUCAUUUAAUUAUGAAUUGGAAGGAAAAAAUUAUACAGAAAUUUCUAUAAAUAUCUAACUUUUGGAUAACAAAUCAAAUUAAUAAAGAAGGUAUGUGGGAAUUAAAUAAAUUCAUGUUUUCUAGAUUUAAUGUCCUCAACACUGUUAGAAUUGUGAAGAAACUGAAAAUCGUAUUUAUUGUUAAGAUUGCCAACAGAAUUUCACUCUAUAAUAAAAUUUAGGUACAUGUAGUUGUUAGAAUUUCAUAUUUAAAAACCAAUGUUUGAAACAAUGUCCUGAAGGAUACUCUGCAAGCUUAUUUAGUGGAUGUAAAAAAGUUGAAUAUUUGGAGACUUCCACUUUUGGACAGAAUACAAACCUCAAAAUCAAUAAGAACUUUGAAUAAUCUAUACAAUUAAAGAAGUCCUCUUAAGUCAGAUUGGAUUUUGAAUUAAUCCUAUCUAAUUUCAAAGUCUUCUAAUAAAUAGAAAUAACUGUUAACGAUAUUUACCAAGGAGGGAUAACAAAUUACUAUUCAAAUCUAUACAUUUCAAUAUUCAAUAUAUCAGAAACUAAAUGUCAGUAUUCUAGUAAUUGCACUCUAAUCAAAUUAUAAACUCCACUAAUUGAUGUGAACUCCUCAAAUUUGAAUCUGAAUAUUGGAUUUAGACCCACCAAAAGUAAAGGUCAUAAACAAAGAUAUAAUCGUUUUGAAGAUUUAGGUGAUCCAACCAAAUCUGAAGACUCUGAAAUAAUCAUCCAGAAUAUCCAAUUAACUCAAUUAUUGAUAGAUGAAUCUAUAUGUUCCUAAGACAAUUGUAAAGUUUGUGAUUUAAAAUACAUUGAAUAAGAUGAGUGCAAGUAAUGCAAAGAAGGAUUUUAUUUAUUUGAAAACCAAUGUCUUAGUUAAUGUCCUGAAGAAACUGUCGUGGAAGGGUUCUAUUGCAAAGCUUUCUUAAAUAAACAAACUAACAGCUAACUCAUAUUGAAGGAUAUUGAUAUAACUCAAGAAAAUUGGGCUGGAGAGACUUCUUUGCCAGACCAACAUAGUGUGUUUUAAUUUAGAUUCAACAAAACUAAUUUGCUUUUUGGUGGCAAAUGGAGAAGGUAAGAAUUUACUAAGAUAUUGAUCCUUUAACCUCAUUAUGCUUUGACCUACAAAUUUACAGUAAGCUACAUUGAUCUGUCAGAUAAGGAUGAAGAAACAGGAUUCUUUUAUUAAUUGGAUGGUGGGGAAUACAAUUUCAUAAAUCCAAAGGACUUGAUUUAAAUUGAUGGUGAUGCUAAUAAACCAGACUCUAUUGUUGAAUAUAGUAAGUAUUUCAAACAUACAAAUAAUGAUAUUAUGAUAACUAUUGGGUGUAAUACAAAUGGUUUUUGCUUUCUGUAAGAUUAUUAUUUAAUUAUACAUACAUGCACUCCAUAUUGUAAAUCAUGUACUGGACCUAGUAAAUCCGAAUGCUUGGAGUUUACAAGGAAUUCAUAUGAAUUUGAUUAUAAAACCAAAUAAUGCAAGGCUGGCUAUUUUGAAAGUGACGAUAAAGUCUGCCAAAGAUGUGAGGUAUCUGAUUGCUCAGAAUGUAUAUCUAAAUAUCAGUGUCAAAUUUGCAAGAAAGGAUGUCAUCUUCAUUUACAAGGUUCAAGAUGCACUUGUGAAUGA